AUGCGGGCACCAGCGACUGAGCGUCCCCUCACAUCCGGCCCCGAAGGGGGCCCGUCAUCACCUUUUCCGCUCCGCCUUUCGGGGCCCGUCAUCAAGGGUUUUGGGCGGGGCUCUAAAGAAUUGCAAAUACCUACUGCCAAUAUUCCCAUCGAAGGUCUCAAAGUCGGUGGAUGCGAAACAAUCGAAAGCGGCGUUUACUACGGUUUUGCAGGACUUGACCUGCACAACGCUGACACCGGGUCGAAGGGAGUUGUCUUCCCAAUGGUAAUGUCGAUCGGUUGGAAUCCAUUCUAUAAAAAUACCGUUCGAUCAGUCGAAGUACAUAUUGUACACUCCUUCCCUGAGGACUUUUACGGCGUGCGCAUGAAUCUGGUCAUUUUGGGGUUUAUCAGGCCAGAAUAUGAUUAUGUGAGCAAGGAGGCUUUGAUUGAAGACAUUAAGAUGGAUAUCAAAGUCGGCACCAACAGCCUCGAGCGCGAUGCUUAUAAAGUAUUUCAAGAAGACAAGUACUUAAGACAUUUCAGUAUUGAAGAGUAA